CAUUUCUUCACGACACAACAAAAAUCAACAUGGCGCUUUCAUCUAGUCUUCUCACCUUCCUGCCGCAGAGCGAUGGCUACCUGCCAUAUUUCCUACUCUUCCUCAGCACCUUUGCCGUCAUCCACACAGCCGUGUGCUACACCUCACCCCCCGAGGUGUCCAUGAAACAAUUCAGCGGCCCUGAACGACCGCCUCCAAAUGCGCUGCUCGCCCACGUCUAUGGCGUGAAGAAUGUCUACACCGCCCUCAUCCGCGGAUAUGCCGCGUAUCACAUGUCCAACCCGCAACUCUACUCGCUGGGGAUGGCCUCGUUUGCCGGCGUCAUCUUCCUCAACGGCACCGAGUUGCUGGUCUACCGCACGGCCCGGCCCAAGGAGUCUGCGCCUACGUUGAUUAUGUCGGGCUCCGCCUUGCUUUGGAUGGCGUUGCAGAGGCAGUAUUACACGGGCCUUUGAGGUGAUCGGCCGCUGUGUGAUAUCCGCAGCCUUACGAUAGCGGAGCCGCGCUUCGACUGAUCUCCCAACGUUGAGGGUUCUCAUCAUCGUGUUCAAACAAGAGGGUUUGUGAGGGGCUGCUUGUCCACGCCUCGAGGAGACGAAAUAUGGCCAUGAUCUGUUAAGAUUGCCGGGUUUAAAUCGGACAGGAUAGGGUGGUAUAGCAAUCUCAUGAAUUACCCUAAACUUCGGUGAUGGCAAGAUAACAAUGCGAGAGCCAGUGCUGACAGAAUAAUCAUAUCUCAACGAAGCCCACUCGCUGUAGUGAUUGUGUUUUGGCUAAAAUACACCCUCUA